UCUUUCCAGAGACCCCGGCCAUUAUUUUCAUGACAUCUGGUUCAACAGGAAAGCCUAAAAUGGUCGAAUGUACACAUUUAGCAUUAGUAAACACGGGAUCCGCUUACAUGUUCACUCGCGGUUCCGGCGAGAAAGGGGAAUCAUACUUCAACGAUCGGCCUUUCUCCUGGAUCGGAGGUAAUAUUAUAUACUGCCUACUACAGGCGGACACAAGAGUGUUUCGGGAUGGCAGGAUAACUGCGAAAGGAGGCGAUAUUAUGGACCUCUGGAAUAUCAUCAUGGAAGAAAAAUGCACCAGUGGUAUUUUCCUGCCUUUCACCAUCUAUGAUAUGUUGCAGAACAAAGAUAAAAUCGCCAAGACAGGAUACCGAAUGAAAUCUGUCAUCACUGGAGGUCAAAUAAUCAAAAGUAAAGAGACAGGGAUUCUGGGACAGGUUUGUGAAAGUUUGUACAUGUUGUAUGGGUCAACAGAGGUAGGCAUAGUGACUCACUGUCGAAUAGACGGACGCAUGGAAACUGGACUUCUUGGGUCCGUUUUCCCCGGAGUUCAGAUCAAAGUCGUUGAUGAAGAUUUGAACACGGUUGUUCGUGGAGAAAUGGGUACACUUUUUAUAAAAUCACUUUGGAUGUUGAAAGGAUACUUCAACGCAACAGAAGAUCAAAAUAAAUCCAUUGUAGACGGCUGGAUGAAUACAGGGGACGUCGGGAUUCUAAGGACAGACGGACAACUCAUAAUCAAAGGGAAAAUGAACAAUAUCAUCAAACGAGGCACUCUAAAAGUGCUAUCGGGGGAGAUUGAAGAAAGCAUAGCCACAAUUGCAGGCGUGAAAGAUGCUGUUGUCAUCGCCGUUCCAGAUCCCCGGUUGUAUGAAGAGGUUUGCGCAUGCGUUGUGUUAGAUAAACAUACAUCAGUUACCAUACAGGAUGUUCGGACUCGCUGCGCAGAAAACCUUGGGGACAAUAUCGUAGGACAAGCCCCCACUUUUUAUCUCGAGUUUGAUACACUGCCACAACUAGGAACGGGAAAACCGGACAAGGUCAAAAUUAAACAGGACGCAAUGAGCAGAUUGGGCAUCAAUACUCAGUAAACUGUUCACGACAUGAAGAGACGUUCACUUUAUCAUUAUCUUA